AUGUUUCUCAAUCACAAUAAUGUUGGGUUGUGUGGAUUGCUGGAAACAAGGGUGAGGAAAAGUAAUUUUGUGAAAGUGUAUGGAGGUGUGUGUGCAAGUUGGAGUAUUGUGACUAAUUACCAAAGUCAUCAGGGUGGUAGGAUAUGGUUAAUAUGGUGUCCUAGUAAGUUUGAGGUAUAUAUCCUUGAAUGUAAUGCUCAGUAUAUUCAUGGGAAGAUUCUACACAAAGCUACUGGGAAGAAGUUCAGUCUUACUGUGAUAUAUAGUUUUAAUGAUGCUAAAGAAAGGGAGAGCUUAUGGAAUGGGUUGAUAACCAUUCAUAAGAGAAUGAAGGGUCCAUGGAUAAUAGGUGGUGAUUUCAACAAUGUUCUUAAUCUCAAUGAGAGACUAGGAUCAGCUGUCAUGUUAGAGGAGGUGAUAAAAUUUAGAGAAUGUAUGAGGGAGUGUGGGCUGAGUGACCACUGUACUACUGGCCCUUUCUUCACUUGGAGGAACAACCAGGAGGGAGAUAAUAGAGUAUGCUCAAAAAUAGAUAGAGUGAUGGCAAAUGAAGAGUGGGGCAAAGAAUUUGAGAAUGCUCUUGCAUGUUUUUUGCCUGAAACAGUGUAUGAUCAUAAUCCUUGUGUGGUUCAGCUGGAUAAAGAAGUUACUAAGAGACCUAGAUCUUUUAGGUUUUUUAACAUGUGGACUAAAGCUCCUGAAUUUUUAAACACUGUACAAGAAGUCUGGCAGCAGAGGACUAAUGGAGUGCCUAUGUUUAAGGUGGUUACUAGAUUGAAGCAGUUGAAGAAGGGAUUGAAGGUGUUGAAUAAGGAUCGUUAUUCAAACAUAGAACAAGCUGCUGAUGAGGCUAGAAUUAUGCUGGUGGAUGCUCAAAUACAACUACAUAAGGAGCCUAUGCACAGUAACUUACAGCAAAUAGAAGCUGAAGCUAGGAGGAAUUACAUGGAGAAGCAUGAAGCUAGAAUGAGCUUCAUUAAACAAAAAGUGAAGCAAGAGUGGAUAAGUAGUGGGGAUCAAAAUAGUAGAUACUUUCAUGCUUGCCUGAGAAAGAGAAGAGUGCAGAACCAGAUUUGUAGAAUACAAGAUAAGAAUGGGGUAUGGAAGGAGAAGCAGGAGGAUAUUGAAGAGGCAUUUAUUCAGUACUAUAAGGAGCUACUGGGUAGCACUUAUAUUACUGGGGCAAAGGUCAGUAAGACAAAGAGGGUCCUAUGUUAG